UGUCGUCGAACAUGUGUAGUUUGAUAAUGAUACUACGAGAAAAAGUAAAUAAACUGUUGAUUAGCUGACUAAUUCUUGUGAAUGUCAGCUCUUUAAUUGCAUAAUGUGUGUGCUUACAAAGAUUUCUGAUUACAAGAGAAUCCAAAGAUGAAUCUUCUAUUUCUCGGAGGUAUUGGAACCUGCGCUAUUUUAUUCAUAGCAGUAUUUGGCCUAGUAGCAGUUUUUAAACUGUUUAUCUGUUUACUUGCAUUGAUUUUAGGAAUAUUAACUUGUAUAUACAAAAAAUAUGUACCAAAUCUUGAAAAUGAAGUCAAAUUUAUUAGAGAGAAUUUGUACAAAAAGACUGAAAAAAUACAGAGGAAUCUCAGAGAGUUUUCAAAAUCUACGGUGACAUUUACUCUAGAUAAAAGAGUCACAGGUAGUCACAUAAUUGAUGAAUCGUUACAAGAAAUUCUAGAUUUUAUUAUGAGAGACUAUGUGGAACCAUGGUACGGCGUAUUAACCGAUGAUGAAGAGUUUACUAAAUCAGUUCGAGAUACUGCUCAGAAAAUAGCCAUAAAUAUUGCAAAUAGAGUGAAAGAUGUCGAUUGGAUUCCCUACUUGACGACACGUCUUGUGGACGAUGCAGCAUCUCAUAUGAGACUUUAUCGGCAAGCACGUGCAAAAAUGAAGCAAAUAAAAAGUAGCAAGGGAAGUAGUAGUUCAAGCACUUCGAGUGGUACACCAAAGAAAUCGCCCACCCAUCGAAGAAACAAAAGUGAGACUGAUAUAUCGUGGUAUUCGCAAUCUAAAUUCUACAUCCCGAAUCUAACAUCAUUAACAGAACCAAUAGACUCAAAUGCAGCAGAAAAUGAUGAAGAAAAGCUUGAAAAAAUAUUUUUUGAUCUUGAAGUUCAAAUGGAAAAUAAUUUAAUAUGUCGAGAUCUAGUGUGUACAAAUGAGGAACAAGAAUUAGCAUUUCUUGGUGAAAUAUCUGAAAUUUUGUUAUACUUAUUGUUGCCAAAAGCCGAUUUUGAUUGUUUAACAGUGAGAUUUAUAUUACGAGAACUUUUAGUUAACAUGAUAAUAAAACCCCUUUUAAAUUUAUUCUCAGAUCCUGAUUACAUAAAUCAAGCAUGCAUAUGGCUGUGCACUAAGGAUGCAAGUCUCCCUAGCGAUGUGUUUUUAACAGUGAUUCGUAUUACAGACAGUUUAGAAGAACUGAUAGCAACAAAAAAUAUUGUGUGUAAUGAAAUAUCCCAUUUACGAUCGAAAGACUCUGGUGGUGAUGAUGAUUUAAUUGUUAAACAACAAUUGAAUAGUUUAUUGUACGUACAAAAAAUAUUAGACACACGAAUAAUUAGCAUGCAAGAAGGUUUAGAUUCAGAAGUUGAUGGAAUCGGUACACAUCCUGAUUGGAAUCGUUUGCUAGUGCCAGGACAUAAAUUAGUUAAUCUGCCACUCGAUGAACUACUUAAAAACAACAUUGCUUUAAGUUAUUUUAUUGAUUACAUGACAAGUAUCAACGACGAAGCUUACUUGUAUUUUUAUUUAAAUAUUUAUGGAUGGAAAGUUUCAGCCGAGCAACAAAUAUCUGACAUCGAGCUACAAAAAUUACAAAAUAAUCAAUCAUCAGCCCAUUCAGGUAGUUCUAAAAAAAAAAAUAUUAAUUUAGAAAAUUUAAAAGAAGCAGCAAUUAAAAUUUAUCAACAAUAUUUAAGCGAUAAAGCAUCUGUAAAAUUACAAUUAGAUGAUAGUCUUGUCAAAAGUUUAUUGGUAAAAUUUAAAACAGAAGUGGUUAAAGAAACGUGGUUUGAUGAGCUACAAGCUUGUUGUUAUGAAAAAUUACAAAAUGAAGAUCGGUUCCUACCUUCAUUUAAAAGAUCUAUGUCUUAUGUAAAACUUUUAGCGGAAUUAGAUUUAUUAAAAGAUCCGACUUCUGAAGAUGAUAUAAAAUCUUUGGAUGGGAUCAGUGUUUCAAGUAUGAAUAACGAAUUAGAACAAUCGGAGGAAGAAAAUCGUGGAAACGAUCAGAAUAAAAUGAAAUCAUUAAAAGAGAAUAUUCAAUCCAAUUCAAACUCUUCUGCAAGUUUAACGAGCAUGUCGGGAAAGGAAGGAAGUUAUGAUGAACUUGAUGCUGAUAUAGGUACUAAUAAAAACCCAAAAAGAAUAAGAAGUGCGUCGUGUAUUGAUUCAGAUCCUCGAAUAACAGAUGCAAAAAAUGCUACAUUCUAUCUCGAAUCUAAUACAGAUCAAGUUAUUAAACUUGAUGAAAAUACUUACAACCAGAAUGUGAUACGUAAAUUGCAGCAAGGACGUUUUGAACUUACUGCUGAAAUAAUUGAAACUGGUGUCGUUAAUGACAGGGGAAAGACUUAUGGAAUUUAUGCAGUGGCCGUUAAUAAAAUUUACGAUUCAGGGUAUAAAGAAAAGUGGCACAUAUACAGAAGAUAUUCAGACUUCCAUGAUCUGCACCAAAAGAUAAAAGAAAAAUAUUAUGACUUAGCUAAAUUACCAUUCCCUGCAAAAAAAGCUUUUCAUAAUAUGGAACGUGCAGUUCUUGAACGCAGAAUGGCUAUGCUCAAUGCAUGGUUGUACAGACUUACGAAGCCGAGUACUAUGGAUGGCCAUAUGGGAUUGCAAAAUUUAUUACUCGCCUUUUUAGAACAGGGAGAUUACGACAAGGGUGUUACUGGUGGACACAUUUCAAAGACGAUUGAUACACUAGUAAACCCAUUGAAAACAUCUAUGAAAACAGUUACACAAGUUGUAAAAACGAUGCCUGAUAACAUGUUAAACACAGUUGAUGGUGUAAUGGAUAAUAUCAGCAAGUUUUUUGGAAAUCCAAGAAAAAAUAGCAUGUUUUAUGAAAGCGUAAAAGUUGGAGCAAGUAUAGAUACUGAGACUGAUGAUAACAUCCCUUUAAGGAUAAUACUAUUAUUGAUGGACGAAGUAUUCGAUUUGAAAGUGAGAAAUCAAUGGUUGAGGCGUCGAAUUGUCACGCUCUUACGACAAAUAAUCCGUACGAUGUUUGGUGAUAUUGUUAACCGCAGAAUUGUAGAAUAUGUCUCUUUGUUAACGAGUCCAAAAAAUGUUGCAACCUAUUUACGACUUUUUAAACAAAGCCAUUGGCCAAAUGGAGUUAGAGCUGAAGCAAAGCCACCUCGUGAUAAUGAAACAAAGAACAGAACACGCGUAGCUGCAAAAGUUGCUCUCCUUUCCUGUCUCUCAGAUGAACUCAAACAUAUCAUUGGUAGCGAAACGACAAGACGGGGAUUAUUACGAGUCUUUGAACUCUUUCAACGACCUGUACUCAAUAGAAGACUGCUUUAUGUACUGUUCGAAGGUAUAAUUGAAAACUUAUUCCCUCAAAAUGAUUUAGUAAUGAUCAUUAGAAAAUUGUAUUCAGUAUCGCCGCGAGUUAAAAGCAAAAAAAAUGCCUGAUGUAAGUAAAAAUCCAGUCACCUGAAGUGAUAUUAAUGCUUAAAAUAAUUAAUUGAUAUAAAAUAUUAUUUUAUAGUUACUUACAUCAGUAUGAAUUAAUAAUUUCUAUAAAUAUAUAAAUACUCUGAUAAAUUUAAUGUCCUCUUUCGGCUGUUAAAGUUAAUCUAGAAUUUUUAUUCUAUUAUUGUCAAUUAUUCAUUUUUUAAUCAUUAGAUUACAAUGUAAAUAUAAUGUUAAAUUUUUUUUCAUCUUUUACACAAUUUAUUAACAGAUCUGUUUAUUUAUUAUUGACUUUAUGUAAUGAAAAUUUAAACUCGGAACACUAAUAGUAGGCAUCUAUAUUUUAUUAAGAGUUUUACACUUUACUUUGAAAACCAAUUGUGAUUUUAAAAAAUUGUUACACAAAGUGAAUCUCAAAUAAUUUUACAAUUCAAUAAUUUAAUAAUUAAUUUAAAAACUAAUAAUUCGAAAUAGAAUAUUUAUAAAUGAGAACCGAAGAAGUAAGUUCUCAUAUAACAUGUUUAGUAAUUAAAAUAAUCAUCAAAAUUGAAAUGAUGAACAAGUGGCCAAAAUUCACGCAAUGAAUAAAUAAAUACGUUUGAUAUUGCCUUCUGCAGGCUGCUAAUUAUGAUGGUAUUAUUAUAAUCAUUAUGAAUAAAUUACUAAUAAUAUA